CCCGCUGUAGAAAGGGUUGGUGAGUGUUAUUCGCGGUCAUUGGGCUGGAGCCUUUUAUGUCUUCUGCUGGAGGAGGUAGGAGGAGUAGACUUCAGGGGUGGUCCUGCACGCCUGCGACACAUUUCCUGGACUAUAAAUUGAGCACCUGGGAUGGGCAGGGGGCUGACGCUGCCACCUCCACCCUCAGUCACACUCCGACCACUGACCGCACCAGCGCCUUAGGGCAGCAGCUGUCUCCCCCAACCACGAAAACACUGAGCUGCUUCUGGAGCUGGGGACACCACGGAGCAAGAGGCUUUCCACCAGGCCAAGGCUAGACCCAUCAUCCAUCCACCGCCAUCGCGAGUUUCCAGGAGCUGAAGCAUAGCGUUAGACCGGGAGAGAGAGAGAAAGAGAGAGAGAGAGAGAGAGAGAGAGAGAGAGGGAGAGAGAGAGAGAGAGAGAGAGAGAGAGAGAGAGGAGCUGGGAAUCCCGCCUCACCAGCUAGAGCUUGGCGCCAGGCGCGGGCCUCCAAGAGCGCCUGAAGGCGGGCACCCGGUCCUCUCCCCGGCCGCCUACCCUUGUGCUCCAGUGUUUCUCCUGCUCGGCCAUCAUGAUGCAAAUCUGCGACACCUAUAACCAGAAGCACUCUCUUUUUAACGCCAUGAAUCGUUUCAUCGGCGCCGUGAACAACAUGGACCAGACCGUGAUGGUGCCCAGCCUGCUGCGCGACGUGCCCCUGGCCGAGCCCGAGCUAGACAACGAGGUCGGUGUGGAGGUAGGCAGCAGUGGCGGCUGCCUGGAGGAGCGCACCACCCCGGCCCCCAGCCCGGGCAGUGCCAAUGGCAGCUUUUUCGCUCCCUCGAGGGACAUGUACAGCCACUAUGUGCUGCUCAAGUCCAUCCGCAACGACAUCGAGUGGGGAGUCCUGCACCAGCCGCCGCCCCCAGCGGCAGGGAGUGAGGAGAGCAGCCCUUGGAAGUCCAAGGACAUCCUGGUGGGCCUGAGCCACUUGGAGAGCGGGGAAGCUGGCGAGGAAGAUCUGGAGCAGCAGUUCCACUACCAUCUGCGGGGGCUGCACACUGUGCUCUCCAAACUUACCCGCAAAGCCAACAUCCUCACCAACAGAUACAAGCAGGAGAUUGGCUUCAGCAAUUGGGGGCACUGAGGCGGAGCUACCGCUUCUGCCUAGCUACCCUCUUGGGCCUGGUCUUUCACCCUCUCUUUCCUCCAAGCUAUUUUCUUCCUGGUUGUGGGGCGCGAAGGGCAGAUUGCAAAGUUAGGCUGUGUAUGUGGGGGGCUGUGUGUAGCAGAGGGCCUCAUUUGUGAAAGUAGUGGCUGGAGAGGAAGGCUCAAAGACCCCCCCAGAGGGGCCUACUGUAUUGCCUUGGUAAGAGGGACUGGGUUGAUACCCCUCAUUCAGCCUGUGCCUUUCCUGGGGUUUCUUUUCUGUUCUUGUAUGGAGUAAAGGGCCUGAGAAGGGGCCAUGCCAGGGCACUGACACAGGGUUGCCACACUUGGGAGGGUAGCCUCCAGCUGAGUACUGGAGAGGGCGGGUCACAGCCUCCUGGCCAGCCCUGUCAUUGAGCUGGUGGAAGAGGCCCUGGCAUUGGUAGGAUUGCGUCAGUUUUCCUGUUUGCACUAUUUCUUUUUGUAACAGUGGCCCUGUCUUAAGUAUUUCAAGUCUUUUUGCUCUGAAACUUCUGCGAUUCCAUUGUGAUAAGCGCACAAACAGCACUGUCGGUAACCGGUACUACUUUAUUAAUGAUUUUCUGUUACACUGUACAGUAGUCCUGUGGCAACCCAUCCUAUACCUUUCUACACAAUCCCUUCCCCACCCCAGUAUGUGUAAGCUGGCAGUAUGCCAGUUUGUAUGAAGCUAGCCAUUCGGCCAGCGAAAAUAAUAUUAUGAUGGGAAAGUGGAUUUAUCCAAAGUGGAAUCAACUGACAUUCUAUACAUGUUAUACAUAGGAUGAUGACGGAUUCCACGUUGUUAUAUGUCUUAAAUUUAUUUAAAACUUUUUUUUAAUCCAGAUGUAGACUAUAUUCUAAAAAUAAAAAAAAAAAAAACAAAUGUGUUAACUGGACAAGUGUUUGUUGCUCUUUAAUCCAUUUGUGAAUGGCAAAGUCAUUACAUAAAAAGUAUCUUAAUUCAUUUUAGCCAAAGUUAUCUUUUUUCUUGCUGGUAUUUAAAGCUGGUGGAUAUUCAUCUCUGCAAGGUUUACUUUCAAGCUUUAUUUCUAAUUCAGUUCCAAGAUAGCAAAGUUCUAAGCAUAUUGCAAUAAAAAAGUUUGCAAAUAUUUAAAA